AUGGGGGCGCAGGGCGCCCGCGAGGGGCGCGCGAGGGCCGGCUGCCAGAUUGCCGCAGCCCGGCUGCCUUGCGUCCUCUGCCGAACCCCCCUGCCGCGCCCCCGCGCGCCCCCGCCCUCACUGCUGCGCUCUCCCCUCGGCAGACCUGCCUCUCUUCCCCGACCCCCUCCCUCCGCGCCCCCGCAGGCCUCUGCUACACCAGCCCCCGCAGAUCCACCGGCCGCAUCUCCUCAACCGCCCCAUCCCUGCACCUGCUCCGCACUCCCCCAAACCUCCCACCCCUGGGCCCUCCUGCCUGGGAGGUGGGAAGAGAGGCCGGUGCUGGACCCAGAGAGAGAGGGGCGCGGACUUGGAGGUCGCGGGUGGCAGCCCCCAGGGGAAGGGGGCUCUGGCUGGAGGCAGGGAGGCGCUGCGUUUCCCACGGAACACUUUGUGAUGGCCAAGCCCGGGAGGGAGUCGCCAUCGCCAGAAACCCUGCAGACCCCUCUCCAGCAAGCCCGUUGUGCAGGGUCUGAAACCUACUAG